GCCCGCGAAAUAUAUAAGCCCUGGCCAGAUACAAGGAAUAGGAAGCAAAAGAUAACCAGGAACAACGUUGGACUUUGAGAGAGAGAGAGAGAGAGAGAUUUGUAAAGGAGCGGCGAAGAAGGGAGUGGAGUCCGAGUACAGCGGAGUUUGUGUGCGUUGUCUCUUCUUCGGUUUCUAUCUGGAAUUCGGAGGUGUUGGUGGUUGGACUUUGAGAUAGAUAGAGAGACAGAGAAACAGAGAGAGACGGAGGAAUCUGAGUUCCUCAAUGGGAACGACGAUUCCUCCCUUCAUUCAUGCCGGAAUUAUUCAACUUUCUUCAUUAUCCUUAGGUUUUCUGCUCCAAAGCCGGAGUAGGAUCAUGUGAUCCCAGUGACACAUCAAUGUGAUUACUCAUCCUAUAAGUUUACUCUUCUUCCCUAUACGGUAACUCAUGUGCCUGGAAGCUAACCAGAGAGGCAAAGGGGUCUCUCUGGAAAGGUGUUGAAGGCCUGGUAGGUUUUUUGUUUCACAUGGAGGUUAUAUCUGCUGUGCCUGAUUAAUCAUUGAAGUUGGCACCUUAUAUGUUUGUCGUAAGUGGGAUUUGUAGAACAUAGUUGUCACAAUGGGUGGCUGUGCCUCAAAACCAAAUAGAAGAGUUAACACGCCGAGGAAGUACUUUCGUAGAUGUAGAAAAGGCCAUGGAAAGAUUUCCACUUCUAUUUCUGAUAUACCUAUUAAAGGGAUUGGUGAUGCUGGAAAUUGUGUAAGAGACUUUGCUGUUAGUGAGUUUGUUCAUCUCGAUUUUGAGAAGGGUGCUACGACAACCUGCAAGAGAUCUGAAGUUUCUAACAGGACAUUUCAUCUCACUCAGCUACAAUGGAACCAUAGUCAAAUCGAUGCAAAUGGAAUAUGCCAAGAAGAAGCAUGGUUUGACUCGGUUAGUAUUCUAGAAUCUGAUUCAGAUGAUGACUUUAGCAGUGUACAUGGAGAUUUUUUUCCUUCAGUAGGUAAUGCAACACAAUUGCUCCAGUACGAAAGUGCAUCCUGCUUUGUAGAUAGUGGGUGUAAGUACGAGGGAUUUUAUGGAAGUUACCUGAAAAUAGAUGGAGGUGCACAUAACUCAGGAGAGAAAACACAAGAAAACAAUGUGAAGUCUUGCUUACCUGGUUUGCUUCCUUCAGUCAGUUUCAAUGACAAGAGUCAGCCUUUGUCAAGUCCCCCUUCACAAAGAAAGCAAUCCGCAGUUAUCAUGUAUUCUUAUAAGAGGAAAUCUGUUGAUGGAAAUGAAAAGACUGAAUACUGUGCAUCUGAGAAACUUCUGUAUCGUCCCAGAGGUGGACUGCAGAUUCCAUGUUCACCAGGAGAGAAGCCGACUCCAGGAUGCUGGUUUGCUGUUUCACCUUCAGUUUUUAAGCUCCGUGGGGAGAAUUAUUUCAGAGAUAAACAGAAGCUCCCUGCCUCAGACUGCAGUGCAUACGUACCAAUUGGAGUUGACUUAUUUGUCUGCCCACGAAAGAUAAAUCACAUUUCUCAACACCUUGAACUUCCUUCUGUGAAGGCACAUGAGAAAGUACCUACGUUCUUGAUUGUCAAUAUACAGCUGCCUACUUAUCCUGCUACCAUGUUCCUUGGUGAAUACGAUGGGGAAGGCAUGAGCCUUGUGUUAUACUUCAAACUUUCUGAUCAUUUUGACAAAGAGAUCUCUCCUAGUUUUCAGGACAGUAUAAAGAGAUUUGUUGAUGAUGAGAUGGAAAAGGUUAAAGGGUUUGCGAAGGAGUCCAUGGUUCCUUAUAGGGAAAGGCUAAAACUUUUGGCUGGGGUGGUUAAUCCAGAGGACCUCCAAUUGAGUUCCACUGAAAGGAAGCUUAUACAUGCUUAUAAUGAUAAGCCAGUACUGUCACGCCCUCAACACAAUUUCUUUAAGGGACCCAAUUACUUUGAAAUUGACCUGGAUAUACAUCGCUUUAGCUACAUAUCCAGGAAAGGACUUGAAUCAUUCCGAGACCGUUUGAAGUAUGGCAUACUUGAUUUUGGUCUAACUAUCCAGGCACAAAAACCAGAGGAACUGCCAGAGCAAGUCCUGUGCUGUGUGCGCUUGAACAAGAUUGAUUUGGUUAAUCAUGGCCAAAUACCCACAAUUGUAACUCUGAAAGAUGAUCCAUUUGGACAGACACCUGUGGAUUAGUGCAUUUAUAGCCAAUAAUUCCGGCAGCAGAAUAAUCAAGAGGCAUAUUUUGUAAAAGUUGGUUCAACCAUGGCCUUUGUAAAAGUAAUUCAUUAUUUUUUGGAUGCAAAAAUGAAUUUAUCUAAUAAAAGUAACAAAAUCUGCUGUA